AAUGCUGACAAUAUUUAUUCCACUCCUUGUUGAUGAGAGUUCUUUCUUUGCACACUUUUUGUGCUUUGAAGUUCCUGCACUGCUUCCACCAGAAGGUGUUGCUAAUGGCAAAAAAGUUGGAGAUGAUAAGGAUGACGCGGAUGAUGAUUUAGGCAUCAUGGAUAUAGAUGAGAAUGACAAUAAAGCUGGACAAAAUUCUGCAGAUCUAGAGGCACUAAAUGAAUCACUACACGAUUUACUUGAAGGGAUCCAAGUAAUGUUAUAGUUUUUCCUUGCAAUAGCCUUGUUGUCUAUUAACAACAGCUGUUAUGUUGAUUUUUUGUUAAAUGUCAAUUCUUUCUUAUUUAAUUUAUUUUUGGGUGCAAAGAGGACAAUCCUUAGUGCAUAGUUAGUUGGUUUAAUUUUUGAGAUGCUUAAUAUAAACUUGUAUCAAAUGCUUCUUAUACUCAAACACAAAUAUUAUUUAACCAAAAUAAAAAAGAAACACAGUGACAGUAGGUUAAGUUAAUACUGCAAGAUGGACCUCUCAAAUUUCAGUUAAUAUGUAUUGCUCUCAGAUGGGAUGCUGAAUAUGAAAGUACAUCUGAGUCUUGGCUGUGUUUCCUUCUUUUAUCAUUCUUUUGGAUAUUCAUUGUAUGUUAUAUACAUGUUUAUAUCAUUGCCGCAUUGAUAAUUUAUCUGGUGGACU